GGGGCGGCGGCCAUGGAGCGGGUGAACGACGCUUCCUGCGGCCCAUCGGGCUGCUACACCUACCAGGUGAGCAGGCACAGCACGGAGAUGCUGCACAACCUGAACCAGCAGCGCAAAAACGGCGGGCGCUUCUGCGACGUGCUCCUGCGGGUGGGCGACGAGAGCUUCCCAGCGCACCGCGCGGUGCUGGCCGCCUGCAGCGAGUACUUUGAGUCGGUGUUCAGCGCCCAGUUGGGCGACGGCGGAGCUGCAGACGGGGGUCCCGCUGACGUGGGGGGCGCAGCGGCAGCCCCAGGCGGCGGGGCUGGGGGUAGCCGGGAGCUGGAGAUGCACACCAUCAGCUCCAAGGUGUUCGGGGACAUCCUGGACUUCGCUUACACUUCCCGCAUCGUGGUUCGCCUGGAGAGCUUCCCCGAGCUCAUGACGGCUGCCAAGUUCCUACUGAUGAGGUCGGUCAUUGAGAUCUGCCAGGAAGUCAUCAAACAGUCUAAUGUGCAGAUCCUGGUGCCCCCUGCCCGGGCAGACAUCAUGCUCUUUCGUCCCCCUGGAACCUCGGACUUGGGCUUCCCUUUGGACAUGACCAACGGGGCAGCCUUGGCAGCCAACAGCAAUGGCAUCGCAGGCAGCAUGCAGCCCGAGGAGGAGGCAGCCCGGGCUGCUGGUGCAGCGAUUGCGAGCCAAGCCUCCCUGCCUGUGUUACCUGGGGUGGACCGCUUGCCCAUGGUGGCCGGACCCCUAUCCCCCCAACUGCUGACUUCCCCAUUCCCCAAUGUGGCAUCCAGUGCCCCUCCCCUGACUGGCAAGCGAGGCCGGGGCCGCCCAAGGAAGGCCAACCUGCUGGACUCAAUGUUCGGGUCCCCAGGGGGCCUGAGGGAGGCGGGCAUCCUUCCAUGUGGCCUGUGUGGGAAGGUGUUCACUGAUGCCAACCGGCUCCGGCAGCAUGAGGCCCAGCAUGGUGUCACCAGCCUCCAGCUGGGCUAUAUCGACCUUCCUCCACCGAGGCUGGGUGAGAAUGGGCUACCCAUCUCUGAGGACCCCGACGGCCCCCGAAAGAGGAGCCGGACCAGGAAGCAGGUGGCAUGUGAGAUCUGCGGCAAGAUCUUCCGUGACGUGUACCAUCUCAAUCGGCACAAGCUUUCCCAUUCGGGGGAGAAGCCCUAUUCCUGCCCAGUGUGUGGGCUGCGGUUCAAGAGAAAAGAUCGCAUGUCCUAUCAUGUGCGAUCCCACGACGGGUCGGUGGGCAAGCCCUACAUCUGCCAGAGCUGUGGGAAAGGCUUCUCCAGGCCUGAUCACUUGAACGGACAUAUCAAGCAGGUGCACACUUCUGAGCGGCCUCACAAGUGUCAGACCUGCAAUGCGUCUUUUGCCACUCGAGACCGUCUGCGCUCCCACCUGGCCUGUCAUGAAGAUAAGGUGCCCUGCCAGGUGUGUGGGAAGUACUUGCGGGCAGCGUACAUGGCAGACCACCUGAAGAAGCACAGCGAGGGGCCCAGCAACUUCUGCAGUAUCUGUAACCGAGGUUUCUCCUCUGCCUCCUACUUAAAGGUCCAUGUUAAAACCCACCACGGUGUUCCCCUUCCCCAGGUCUCCAGGCACCAGGAGCCCAUCCCGAAUGGGGGAGCAGCGUUCCACUGCGCCAGGACCUAUGGCAACAAAGAAGGCCAGAAAUGCUCACAUCAGGAUCCGAUUGAGAGCUCCGACUCCUAUGGUGACCUCUCGGACGCCAGUGACCUGAAGACGCCCGAGAAGCAGAGCACCAAUGGCUCCUUCUCCUGUGACAUGGCAGUCCCCAAAAACAAAAUGGAGUCUGAUGGGGAGAAGAAGUACCCCUGCCCUGAAUGCGGGAGCUUCUUCCGCUCUAAGUCCUACUUGAACAAACACAUCCAGAAGGUGCAUGUGCGGGCCCUUGGGGGCCCCCUGGGGGACCUGGGUCCUGCCCUCGGCUCACCUUUCUCUCCCCAGCAGAACAUGUCUCUCCUCGAGUCCUUUGGGUUUCAGAUUGUUCAGUCAGCGUUUGCGUCAUCUUUAGUAGAUCCUGAGGUUGACCAGCAACCCAUGGGGCCUGAGGGGAAGUGAGGCAGAUGCUGUGUCCCCACGGAAAUGGCCACCGGGGACUGCUGAGAAAUGCUGUGAAUGCGGAGGGAAGUAAUGUCUUUGGGUUCUGUAGCUGAGAGAUUUUUAUUCGUUUUUAACUCCCCCUUCCCCCCAGCCUAUCACCCCCCACUUCCCCUCCACCACCCAUCCCCCUCAGUGGUCUUUAGAAAUAGAUUCUCAUCUGAUACUCUGCAGGAAUAUCUGCGAGACCUGGUAUGGGAUAAGGGCAGAAAACACUACAUAGGCCUCCAGGGCAACACCAGUCCCGGUUUCUCUAAUGGGCGGAAGCUGGAAUUUCUGGUGCUCAGUUCUUAGUGACCCCAAUCCCAAACCCACACCUGAUGGCAUUCUGGGACCGCGGUGAUUUGGGUCCCCUCCCCCUUCUCACAUCCUUCAAGAGAAACCACAUCUAGGGUCUCCACCCACUUACACAAAUACAGAUGCCCAACUGUUUUCAAGGAAGCUGGAAGCCUACAGCAUCCCAUGGACCAUGGGGUGAAUGCCCUCUGAGAGCCCCUGAGCUUGACUCUUGACCUGGAGGGCCCCAGACCUUUCUCUGAGCCCUACAUGGAGGCUAGCAUUUUGCUACUAGGACAAGCUCAGCUAUUGAGGACACCCCCACCCCAAAUUCCAGUUCUUAUGUGAUUUUCACCAUUCAACUUGCUGUUGGGUUUUAAUUCUCUAAUUAUUAUUAUUAUUGUUAUUAUUUUUUAGGACCAGUUGUAGUGAAUUGCUACUGAAAGCUAUCCCAGGUGAUACAGAGCUCUUUGUAAACCGCAGUCACACGUUAGGGUUAGUAUUAAACUCUGUUUAGAUGUACCAUAAUUAACUUGGCUAGUUGAUUGUUUGAAGUCUAUGGAAGAAAUAGUUUUAUGCAAAAUUUUAAAAAUGCCAGUCUGAUCAGGGAGAUAUAGGGGGUUUCAAUGUUGUUGGUAGCCAGGAAGGCAGGAGAGCUGGCAGGUGGGGACAUCGUGUACCUCGGCUGUGUCACAUGUGAGCAGGCCCAGGUUGACCUGGUGAUGUGAAUUGAUCUGAUCAGACUGUAUUAAAAACAUUAGUACGUUAAUC